AUGACGUCUGGCAUUCAAGGUGAAAUAUGAAGGAGGUUGGGAAUGAGAGACGUUUUGGUUUAAAUGCCCUGGUACGAUUGUUCCAUACAGGACUGUGUACAGCUAUUCUCACUACUUUACUAUGGAAAGAAACUGGUCUAAGAUGGGCAUUGAUAGAGAUGAAUGAUCUGGUGUAUGGAGCUGUGUUCCUGUGUUUGUUUGUGACAUCUCUGACCCUGUACUAUAUAGCAUGUCUCACAGAUCCGGGAUAUGUAUCUAUCAGACAGUACAAACACAACUCUGGACAAGUUAAUCUAGAUUUUGAUGCUGACGCUGAAAUGCCUGAGGACGAACCAGAAUCAACGGGAACAGAAUGUAGCAUACCACUCACUGACCUCAAUCAACCAUUAGAUAAGAAAAAUAGAUACAAAUACAGGUUCUGUGAUUACUGCGAGAUACAGCCACCAUUAAGAAGCAAGCAUUGUGAAGACUGCAAGAAUUGUAUAAGGAAAUAUGAUCAUCACUGUCCUUGGUUAGAGACCUGUGUCGGCGAGAGAAAUCACAGAUAUUUCUGGUGGUUCCUGUUUACCACAGCAGUGCUCAUUCUCUGGACUUUUGUUAUCAUCUGGGAAAGUUUUAUAACGGAGAACACAUGGGCAGACUGGUUCCAUACAAAUCUUGUGCUAUUUUUAGACACAGUAGUUCUAGUAAUAAGUGGCCCAGUUGUGGUGGGCCUCCUUGUAUUCCAUACAUAUCUCAUGGCUUAUGGACUCACGACGUGGGAGGUUGCAUCAAGGGAGAGAAUCACAUAUCUAAAAUAUCUUGAUGAUGAGUAUAAUCCGUUUGACCAAGGUUGCUGUAAGAAUAUAUACUACUUUAUGUGUAUACGAAAAGUUCAGAAAUGGGAAACUCUGUAUGCGAAACGUGCAAAGUUUAAAGAUAGUGAUGUUUAGUGGCAGAUUUUUAGCUCGACUAUUCAUAGAAUAGUAGAGCUAUUGGACUCGCCCAUGCGUCGGCGUCCGCAUCCGCGUCCCAAUUUGGUUAAGUUUUUGUAUGUAAGCUGGUAUCUCAGCAACCACUUGUGGGAAUGGAUUGAAACUUCACACACUUAUUCACUGUGAUAAACUGACUUACAUUGCACAGGUUCCAUAACUCUGUUUUGCUUUUUUACAAAAUUAUGCCCCUUUUUUGACUUAGAAAUUUUUGGUUAAGGUUUUGUAUGUAAGCUGGUAUCUCAGUAACCACUUGUGGGAAUGGAUUGAAACUUCACACACUUAUUUACUGUGAUAAACUGACUUACAUUGCACAGGUUCCAUAACUCUAUUUUGCUUUUUUACAAAAUUAUGCCCCUUUUUCGACUUAGAAUUUUUUGGUUAAGGUUUUGUAUGUAAGCUGGUAUCUCAGUAGUCACUAAUGGGAAUGGAUUGAAACUUCACACACUUGUUCACUGUCAUGAUCUGACAUGCCCAAAGCAGGUCCCAAAAAUUUAUUUUGCUUUUUUACAAAAUUAUGCCCCUUUUUCAACAUAAAAAUUUUUGGUUAAGUUUUUGUAUGUAAGCUGGUAUCUCAGUAUCCACUAAUGGGAAAGGAUUGAAACUUCACACACUAGUUCACUGUCAUGAGCUGAUAAGCACUAUGCAGGUUCCAUAACCCUAUUUUACUUUUUUACUAAAUUAUGCCCCUUUUUCGACUUUCUUAUUCAUUCAAGCGACAAGGCUGUUAAAUAGUCGAGCGUUGCUGUCCUCCGACAGCUCUUGUUAAUUUACAUGUGCUUGUUUAAUAGUAUUAUCGGUGCAAUUAUUUUUUCAUAGGUCUUUGGUUUUAUAUUUAUGAUUGAGUUACAGUUUUUAUUUGUCAAUCUAUGCAAAAGAGUAUAUAUAUUGUAUAAGAUUAAAAUGAGGAUAAAAUAUUAAAAGUUGAUAUUA